CUAGUAUUAGUCCGACUAUUCCUCCGCCAAAGCCAUGCCGCGAAUAUUCAGGCAAGUCGCCCUGGCUCUCGCUCGUCCCCCGACGCUGUCGCAGGCGUCGAGCACCGUCUCGUCGCUCCUGCAGUCGCAGCGUCUUUCUACCCCGCGACCGACCGUACUGGCUCCCAGCAUCGCCUUCCAGUCCCACUCCCUCCUCGCACCCACUUUCACUGGACUCCCCUCUGCUCUCCUACGGUUAAAUCAGGUCCGCUGGGGUUCCCGCGGCACAGAGUAUCAGCCCUCUCAGCGCGUCCGGAAACGAAGACACGGCUUCUUGGCCAGGAAGAAAAGCCAGCACGGUCCCAAGAUCCUCGCUCGGCGUAGAGCAAAGGGCAGAAAGUUCUUGUCUCAUUAGCAGCUUCACCGCUGUCUCCUUGUCGUCGAAAUAGAGCCCUCGAGCAUGUACCACAUCCUCUAAUAGGGUGUUAAACCCCCCAUAGACACACCCGUGGUUUAAGCUCGCCCCCUGUAUUCCGGAAGCCUUGCCCGCUUUUCGGAGCACUAAACUCGGAAUUUCGAUCCGAGUGUCGCAGCAGCAUAGCGUAAUGUACAGUGGCUGAUUUGCAAUAUUAUGGUACAUUGCGCAAUGGAAAGCAAAACGUGGUCACAGACUUUCAACGAUCAUAGAUGGCAAUGGCUCCCAAUGAAUAAACGGGGAUACCGAGGGAUAACAGCAAUGGCCAUGAAUAUAUACAAGGAUCGCAAGUGCGGGAAUGGGCGUCAUGAUGUCGAUCGACGAAUCGAGUGAUAAAUCGUAAGGUUCUAAGCCCGCUUGUGGUGACCCAGGCGUGAAGAUGAAUCCGCGCUCGAUGGCAGAAACAAGUUUGGAGAUAGGAGUGCG